AUGGAACCAGAAGGAGAGGCGGAAAAGGGAGGGGGUGUGAAGGGUUGGGGGGACGAGGAAGUGUCGAGGGCAAGGGUGGAGGAGUUGAGAGGGAUGGUGAGGGCACUGGUAGAGAAGGAAUGGGACAAGGGAAAGGAGAGGGCAAGCGCUAUGGGUGUCGUUGCCCAUAGGGUACCUGAGCCAAAUACGCCUCCGAGCAAGAGGGCAAAGAAGGUGGUGAGGAGGAGGGGUGGAAAGAAAGGGGGGGAAGAACAGGGGGAUGGGGAGGUGGCGGGGCCCUCGUGGGCUCCGUCUCCAUCCUCCUUUAAACCCCUCGCCGAGCUUGAUCUCCCAGGCAUGGCGAGAAACUGGAUGAUGGAGGGGGAGCCGGACUUUUUGUUUGGGGAUGUAACGUCCCCGGUUCGGAGUCCGGAGGAGGGGGGGGCAAUGGACUUGAGUGUGGGACUUGUGCCGGGGACGGUUGCUGUGUUCAGGGGAGGGGGGAUGGUGGGAGAUGGGGGUGAUGUAGGGGAUUCACGAGUGGAGGUGGGGUCAAAGUUAGUCGGGAUAGAGAAAGGGAGCACUGGGCGUUGUAUGGCCUACGGCCAUACCCUGGCCUCGUGCAGCACCAAGAAGUGUCGUUUUUGUGGGUCAGAAGAGCACGAGGCCAAGGAGUGUGACGAGCCCAAGGCUUGCCACGGGUGUGGCUCGAAGGCACACCUGUGGCGGAACUCGUUGGAGGGAGUCUUCGAUGUGGCGUUCUACACGGAGAGUAAACAUGAUGAGGUGCUAAAGAAGGUCAAAGAAGUUGGAGCAACGGGGCCGAUGGGUCACUACGAGGUCAAGAGUUUGGCGAAAAAUAAUUUCAGAAUGGUGACGGUGAACAUUUACAACCCCUAUGUAAAAGAUGAAGAAGUGAGGGCCUUCCUGGGGAGGUAUAUGGAUGGUGUCUCCUCAGGAAGGCACCUCACAGACUCUUUGGGUUUUUGGACGGGGAGGAGAGGGUUUCAGGCCCUCCUCAGGGAAGAUCCUAAGGGAUUGGGAGGGUACCUCCAUCCCCCGGCGAUGUUCUCCCUGGGGGCUGACAGGGGGACGUUAUACUACGCACGUCAGCCCCCAUUCUGCAGGCGCUGUAUGGCCUAUGGACACAUCCUGGCCUCGUGCAGCACUCGUAAGUGCAGAUUUUGUGGAUCGGGAGAGCACGAGGCCAAGGACUGUGACGAGCCGAAGGCGUGCCACGGGAGAUGCAGGUUCUGUGGGUCGGAAGAGCACGAGGCCAGGGACUGUGCCGAGCCGAAGAAGUGCCACGGGUGUGGCUCGGUGGCGCACCUGUGGCGGGACUGCCCGCUCGGCGAAGGUCAUACGCGUCUGCAGCUGGGGGGGAGCGAGAGCGGAGGAUGGAGAAGAAAGGAGCAUGAAGAAGCGGCGACGAAGGUGGAAGGACGGAACAGAAGGAGACGGAGGGAGGAGAAGAAAAAGAAAGAGCUGGGACGGAAGGAGAUGUGCAAGGGAUGGAAGAAGAGGUGGCUGAGACAGAAGGAGAGGGGGUCGGGACUGAAGGAGAGGUGGUCGGGAUGGAAGGGAGGAGGUAGAAAG